AUGGCCAGGAAAAAUCAGACCUUGAACUCUGACUUCACUGUGCUGCAAAUCUUUGAUCACAGCCCCACACACACCUUCCUCUUCACACUGGUCCUAGCCAUCUUCACAAUGGAAUGUGUGGGAAACAUGGCCAUGAUUCUGCUCAUCUACUUGGAUGCCCAGCUGCACAUGCCCAUAUACUUCCUCAUCAGCCAGCUCUCUCUCAUGGACCUCAUGAUCAUCUGCACCAUUGUCCCUAAGAUGGCUGUCAACUUCCUGUCUGGCAGGAAGUCCAUCACUCUGGCAGACUGUGGAGCCCAGAUAUUCUUCUAUGUGUCGCUGCUUGGAUCUGAGUGUUUGUUGCUGACUAUCAUGUCCUAUGACCACUAUGCUGCCAUUUGUCAGCCUCUGAGAUACACCCAUCUCAUCAGACCCAAAAUUUGUGGACUUAUGUUUACUUUUUCCUGGAUCUUGCGUUCUAUUGAUGAACUCACUGAUGGUGUAGUUACAUUUUCCUUCUCUUAUUGUGGGUCUCGGAAAAUAGCCCACUUUUUCUGUGACUUCUCAGCCUUUCUAAUCCACUCAUGCAAUGCCACAUCCACAUUUGAAAAAAAUUCUUUUGUUUGUUGCAUAGUGAUGAUUGGUUUCCCCGUAGAAGUCAUCCUUGCUUCCUACACUUGGAUUAUUCUGGCUGUUAUCAGUAUGGGUGACUAA